UGCAGAAUGGACACAGCUUGAUUGUUGAUACGGCCAAACACAUCGGAACACAUGUCCUCUCGAGCGCUAGUGUCUUCCGCUUCUAGGGCUGCCGGCCGCGAGUGCCCUCGCGCUGGCCGCGAGCGGGUGACGGGGCGAAGUGAUGAGUGCUGCCCAACCCGCGAGCAUGCCCCCUGUGCAGCACGUUUGACUGCGAGGCCUAGCAACAGGUUAGACGAGGUGAGGCGGUGAAGGCCUCAAAGGUUUGAGCCGCGCAGUGAUCGCCAGGGCCAAAAUCAAAGCGGCAAAGAGCAGAACCACGGCUGCAGUCAGAGGCAACGGCGCAGGCACGGCAGCAGUUUCGGAGAAGAUUUCGAACCCGACUUCGCCUUGAAGCGGGCCUUGACCUGCGGGCCAAGGCUUCCCGCCCAGAGCCGCUCGUGAGGCUAUGGUUCGGAGCUCGCGCCUCGCAAUACGCCGCCAUGUGCCGGAGGUGGAGGGGGCCUCCGACCCACGGUGCCAGCCCGACGCCGCCCGACGGGCGAAGGGCGGUGCCGUUGCACCAGCUUGACAUGUGGAGCCGGUGCUCUGGCGUGUCGGGAAUGAUGGCCGGCAGUACGUAGCCCUCUUCGGCCAUGGUGAUCGC